AUGAAUUCAACAGGAACUAAUGAAGACCUGUCUACAUUCAAUGCAUCCACGACCCCAGUGACUCAGGACAGAAUUGAGUACAACUUCAUCCGAUGCAUCCUGCUCAUCAUAACGACCACUCUACUUCUGACCCUCAACCCGCUGUGUCUUGUAGUCCUGAGGCAUGUCCGCAGCAUCCAGGAAACAACUAAGAUAUUCCUCAGAUCCAUGACGGUUGCCGAUCUUGGCAUAGGACUCUUCCGAGCUCUCCCAAUGACUGUUCUUGCAAUUUCCGAGACUGAGCACAUCGACGAGGCAUUCUGCAAAGUGCUGUCGUUUGCUGAGGGCAUCCUAUUCUACAGUCCCCAGAUGUCACUCUUGAUGCUGACUGUGGACCGCUACAUUUCAGUGGUGCAUGCGCUGCGCUACCCAUCUCUUGUAACUGUUAAGCGGGCUCAAAUUUCUGUCUGUUUCCUGUUCACCUUUGUGCUGCCUGUCCUGACAAACAGUUGGCUUAACGUGGUCAUCUAUUAUCUCAGAAACCAAGAUUUCCGUCGAGCGACCCAUGAUCUCCUGAUAUCUAACUACCGAUCCUGUAAACGCUGCAUGCCAUUUGCUGAAAACUGA